GAGGGCGGGGCAGUCGGAGAAGGAAAACUGAGCUCACCGCUCGGGCAGCGAGAGCCCGGGCUAGAUCUCAGGCGCCAGGUCUUCCAGCCUAGCCCCAACUCAGCCCCAGCCGGCAGCCCUCGUGGCCCGCCCACGUUCCACUGCCCAGGGACGGCUGCACUGCGCUCGGGACCCAGUGCCCUGGAGGGGCUGCAUGGAGCUAUCACCAUUUGGAGACUGAGUGGCUCUUCUCCGGGCUGGGUUGGGCGCGCGAGAGGGAAGGAGGGAGACAGGCAAGGAAAGAAGGAGAGCUGUGCGGGACCGGGACCGGGACGAUCGGACCGCCAGCCUCCCGAGGCCACCAAAGAUAGCACUGCCCUCCCGCUACCCACUCCGGCUCUUCCCUCUCUCCUUGUCUUCCUCCUUUCUCGUCCCGUCCGCUCUCCCCCGCUCCUUCCCUCGCUAUCCCGCGGGUUCCAGCCGGAGCCUGGUGCCCCUGGGGAGGCGGUGGGGGCAGCGCAAAGUGGCGCGGAGCGAUGCCCGCAGCCACGGCGGCGUCGGGCCUCGAUGUGUCCCGGACAGCGGUGCUGGCUGACGACAAUGUGGAGCCGGUCCCAAAAAACCGCACAGGUCAAUGUAGCCGAGCCUUUCCACCUCAAGGGGGCACCUUCCAAAUUAUAUACGGCAAUGGCACUGCCAUUGGGACAGUAUUGAUGUUCCAUUGCCCUAUUGGCCAUCAGAUGCUGGGACAAGGCAUUACCACCUGUGUCUGGAAAGAGAAUGGAACAGAGUGGACCAAUAAGACACCAACAUGCAAGGCGCUGCCCGUGUAUGAAACCUUUGGGUUUAAGGUUGCUGUGAUCGCCUCCAUUAUAAGCUGUGCCAUCAUCCUGCUGAUGUCUGUCGCGUUUUUAACCUGUUGCCUCCUCAAAUGUGUGAAGAAGAAAGAACGGCGCCAAACUGAAAGAGAUAUGCAGUUGUGGUACCAACUCAGGAGCGAAGAUCUGGAAGACAUGCAGACUGCUCCCUUUGGCUACAAAGGUCGGAACAACAGUAACAACAACAGAGCCAGGAAUAGGUCAGCAAAUGCUGAAGGGGAGGCCACAGCAUACGACAACCCAAGUUUUUCCAGAAACCAGGAAGACCAUGCAGAAUGGAUGGAGAAUGAUGUGAACACUCGAUAUCAAAGUGAAAAUCGGUUGUGGUCCAUGGAGCAACUAGGUCAUAUGCCACAUGGAAGAUACCUCCUUCCACGAGUCACCGUUGGUAUUCCAUCAGUGAGCACAAUCCACCUGUCUGAAGUUUAUGAAGAAAAUGUGAGGAUUCCUAAGAAGCCUAUAUCAUAUAUCCCUGGUUAGCCAAAAGAAACAGAUUUACCUGUUGGUGGGAUCCAGACCGGGACACUGCUAGGAGACCUCGCUCUACGUGCCUUAAAAAUUCCAUUGACAGGACAGUGUCAGGCAUUUGUUGGGAAAAUUAAUCUAUAUCUGAAGAGUAUAUUCAAACGUGCUUCUAGGGUUAACCUGAGUAACAUAACUAUUGUUGAUAAUGAACAGUGAUGCUGGCUGUUAGCUAGCCAAUCAAUUGAAAUCAUAGCUGUCACCAAAAAAUCCUGUUGUGAUCUUGCACAAAACUGGAAACAAUAGCAACAUGUCAAUUUUACUGC